UGGAUCCAGCUACCCAACUGCGGGUGGAAAACUUCGUUACUGGACAACCAGGUCUAAAUGUCGAAUAUCGGAAAUCUGGAACCGAUCGUUACUGAGAGUUGACAGCGUGUCGUUUUCGAUUGAUAUUGUGCAAAGGUCAUGCGCUGUUGCACUGGACGAUAGUGCGAUGAAAACUCGAGUGCGAUUGCAGCAAAUUUGAUGAAAUUAACACAGCCCAAAUUAGAUGAACAUCGCGCAGCCGUGUUCACGGUGCAUCAAUAUGGACGGAACCACCAACUGCAGCCCUGAAGACUUUAUAUCUGUAGAUGCCUAUUCAGGUUCCAUUCACCGCCGGAGACCGAAUCGAGAGCUCGUCAACUGCAUCAGCCGUUCGCUGACUAGCGGAGAUUUAAGCGACGUGCAGUUCACAGUUGGAGGGCAGUAUGGACCAGGGAAAACUUUCAGUGCUCACAAAUAUGUUUUGUGCCUGCGUAGCUCAGUGUUUGCUGGCAUCUUCCACAAAAAUUUGUCAGAGAAAAUCGAACAGCCUAUUGACAUACCGGAUGUUAUGCCCGCAGCGUUUGCCAACAUGCUCAGAUUCCUAUACACCGAUACAGUGUAUGAGUUGUACGUGGACAACGUCUGCCAGACACUGGCGUGCGCGGAGAAGUACAAUGUGCAGCCUCUGGUGAAAACAUGCGUCACAUUCAUCAGGGCCCGGCUGCGGGCGGACAACUGCCUGACCAUUUUGGAGAAUAUUGGUGCCUACAGCCACGCCGAGAAGAUUGUUAAGCGUUGCUGGGAACUGAUCGACCGAUGCGCUACCCGCGUACUCGAAUCGCAGCACUUCACGAGCAUUAAACAGGAGACACUGGUCACGAUCCUGCAGCGUGAUACGCUUUGCGUAGGCGAGAAUGAUGUUUACUUGGCGGUUGAGAGAUGGGCGUUGACGGCUUGCGGUACCCAUAAUCUUGGUCCAUCGACGGCCAACCGGCGACAGAUGCUGGGUGACGCGUUGUUUAAUGUUCGGUUUCCCUUAUUGACCAAUGCGCAGUUAGCCAAAGGGCCCGUAAAGAGUAGAUUACUGCUACCAGCCGAAGCAGAGGCCCUGUACAAGUAUAAAUCUGCCAAAAAGAAACCACCGCUGCCCUUCCUCGCGCAACCCCGCAUCUCCUCUUUCCACCGCAUUGCGAAUACGGUGUAUCAGCAUCGCGAAAAAGUGUUUGUCAAGAUCAGCAAAGGCCGGCCGGUGUGGGGUCCAGCGGAAAUCAUCGGGACUCGUCCGCGGCAGUUUCUGUUCGAGUGGCGGAGUUCCAUGCGGGACGGGAAUGAUGCCGCCGCCGGCACCAAGAUCAUGCGCGCUUCCGAUGUCUUAAAGCCGGGCCAGCCGCUGUUUGCGGUUAUGUGGCCGGGUUAUUUCCGGCCGUCGCGAUACCGCCGGGCACGCAAAAACCAGCAUGUGGUUUAUUGUGAAGACCAGGAACACACUCUUGGCUUGAAAUGGUUGAUGUUGCAAGACGAUCAAAUGCGGGCAUUACGUGCCCGGAUUGCGUUGCAAGGCAAAAAGGCCAAAACGUCUGCUUAA